AUGACCCGCGCCACACGCUUCGCCACGGCCAUCGCGGCCUUUGGCCUCGUGUACGUGCUGCUGCUGCUGCACAUCAUGCCGCUGCCGUGGCUCGGGACAGAGGUGCGGGAUCAGAUCCUGCCUACACUGCCGUGGUGGGCGCUCGUCGCGACCGGCUCGUGGCUGCUGGGCAACGUGGGCUGGGGCCUCUGGAACUUCAACGACGUGCCCGAGGCGUACCAGGAGCUGAUGGGGGACAUCAAGGACGCGAAGGAGUAUCUGGCGAGCAAGGGCGUGGACAUAUGA